AUGUCAAACCAGCCCCGCGACAUUUUAUAUUUCCCGCCAUCAUCACGGCCCUUCCUCGACCCUUAUCUACCUCCAUCAUCAGACGACACACACACAACAAAGGAAAAUGAACUAUCGCGACCAUUUACAACACUCACAUUCGCCACAUCCCUUGACUCUUCUCUCUCUUUAGCUCCAGGUGUGCGUACUACCCUGUCCGGGCCACAAUCAAAAGCAAUGACACACUACCUCCGCUUCCGCCAUGAAGCAAUCCUGGUUGGCGUCGGGACUGCAAUUGCAGAUGAUCCCGGUCUUAAUUGUCGCAUUGAAGGUGCGAGUGGUUACGAGGGACAGCCUGAAGCGUCGAGUGUAGAAUUCAAAGACAAGAAUCACCUUGAUCCAAUCCAAACGGAGACUAUUCGACAACAGCAAGAUUUGCUACACCAGCCGAGGCCCAUCAUCAUUGACCCGAAUGCUCGCUGGGAGCCGCGAGAGUCUAGCAAGAUUAUCGAAUUAGUCAAACAGAGCAAAGGCAAAGCACCAUUCGUCAUAACAUCAAAAUCCACAUCUCCACCCGAAGAAGCACGAAACCUUCUCGAGAAAUAUGGCGGAAAAUACAUUGCCUUGGACACUAUUUCCAGUGCUAAGGAUGGCGCUGCACAUCAACAUUUUGACUGGACCCUGAUCCUCAACGUUCUCGCAACGCAGGAAAACAUCAAAAGUAUAAUGAUCGAAGGCGGCGGCUCAAUCAUCAACUCCCUCCUCUCAGAACAGCGUUAUACCGCUCUCAUUGAUUCUGUCAUCGUGACUAUAGCGCCUACAUGGCUGGGCCAGGGGGGUGUGGUAGUCUCGCCCGAAAGGCGCGUUGAUGAGCAUGGAUAUGCGAUACCGGCUUCGAGGCUGACGGAUGUUAAAUGGUACCCGUUUGGGGAAGAUGUGGUCUUGUGUGGAAGGAUUAAAGGUGUUAAUUGA